AUGGCUUUGAAGGUGCUGACGCAGAUUGGGAAUGUGGUCCAGGAACUGAAGCACACCUCCGCUUCCGUCGUGAAGAGGUAUGACCAGUUGCUCGCGGUGAGUGGCUCACUGGUGAAAGCCAUGGAAGACCUACCGGAGGAGUUUCGCACCGGCAAGCCUGGAGCAUGCUCGAAUGCCUGCCAGACGAUCUUUCCGACCAUGUCUUCCCUGUGGAAGGGCUGGCCCACUGCGCAAAUGCUUCGAGCUCCUUAUGGCUACAGGAUCGACGUGCCACCGGCUGCUCAGGGGCACAUCUUCUUCGAGAAGUUUAUCAGCAUGGUGAAAGUGGCAUUGAUGGAGGAAGCAUCGGCGCAGGAGGUCAUCUUUGCCAGCGAUCCGCAGGUCAAGCUCGACUUGCUCCGGGGGGGCGCGCGCCUGCGGCGCGCCACACAGCAAGGCUUAGAUGCUCUUGCAACCGAGCUCGAGUUCUUCACGCAGGAGCUGGAAAAGAAGACUUUCCUUCCAGUCCCGUCGGAGAUCGCACGGUGUCAUCACCUUGGGAUGCACCAGCCGAUUUGCGUGAAGCCUCCGACGACAGACUACGACCUCAUCUCGCACCUGAUGCAAAUCUUUGUAGAGGAGUUGGCCAUCGGAGUCUCGCUGCCCCUCUGGAGUGCCGUGAGGGAGAACCGUGUGGAGGACUGCCGCAAGCUUCUGAAGGAACAGGCAGACCCCAACCUCGCAGACGGCCGAGGGACGACGACCCUGCACUUGGCUGCUGAGCAACGCUCCAUCGAGAUCGUCCGCCUUCUGAUCCGCGUUGGAGCCGCGAGCACAAAUCGUGACCUCCGUGGAUGCACGGCGGCGCACUGUGUCCCGCUUCUGACAGAUCAGACGACGGCAGACCUGGUGGAGAUCUUCUUGUCGGAUGGGGAGGCUUUGUCACUCAGGAACAAAGCUGGCGUUUCCGUCUUCGAGCGCUUCUACCUCUGGUCGAUCAGCGCUUGCAAGGGGCAUCCCUUUGAGCCCUUGUACAGCCGCCUCCGGGUCUUUGCCGGAGAGAACUUCUCCGCCGGAAUUCUCCCAGACCUCUGGAACAUUGGGAUGUCAAGCAUCGGAUCAAGCUUCCCUCAGUCCCUCACCAAUGUUUGCACGCAAGUGCGCCGCCUCAGCAUCAACGGCUCCAUGCGCACGGUCUACGUGCUGCUUCGCCUGCAAGAAGAGCACAACCAAAGGAGGUACAUGGGCCCUUGCCUGUUUAGCCCUUCAAAGUUUCCCAACUCGAAAUCGGUGGAGCAAGCCUUAGCCUCCGACACGGAGUGCGCCGACGAGACGUGCGCGCUGAACGCGUUGCAGCAGAAGCAGGCCGUGGUGGCGGGCCUGACGGAUGAAUCAACACAGCAGUUUCAAGCUGCCAUGGACGAAGGUGACACACAUGAUGCGAAGGUGGGACACCAUGAGGAGAAGAAAGCAGCGAAGGAGGCCAAGGAGGGCGACCAGUGGGGUAAUGACAUCUUCGGCAACAGCAACCCCUUCGGCCAGAACCCAUACGGAAAGAACCCCUACGGCCAGAACCCCUACGGCCAGAACCCCUACGGCCAGAACCCCUAUGGCCAGAACCCCUACCAUCAGCAAGGGCCACCGCCAGGCUACGGUGGCUUCGGCUACAACCAAUACUGCAGCAGCAAGAUCGAGUCCUCUUCGUGCUUGUUCUGGGACUGCGCUAAGUCACGCGGCCCGACCACCUGCAACACCACAGACCACACUUGCUACUGCCAACCCGGCCAUUGCUCCGACGGGAAAGGCUGCGUGUCGAUGCUGGGCGCUCCGCCGGUUCCUGGGUUCCAGGAGUACCACGGUCAGCCUGGAAUCUGCGAGACCAAGAUCAAGUCCUCCUCUUGCAUGAUCUUCGGCUGCGCCAAGUCGCGGGGGCCUUCGACCUGCAACACAGAGGACUACUACUGCCACUGCCAGCCCGGUUUCUGCUCCGACGGCACGGGCUGCAAGCCCUUCCAUCACCAGUCCCCCUAUCCUCCGUACCGCUGA